UCAGACACCUUCAGCGAAUCCCAAAGCAGAUACUCCUAAGGCAUAACGUACGUCCCUUUCUUUCCAGUAUUUUGACACAUCCUCACCUUCAGCCGUACUUGUGUACAUCGAGCACCGAUUCAUUUAUUGGUCAGUGAAAUAACGGGCCGUGACGAGCCGGGCUCCGAUUGGUGCUCCCCUGCACCGAUCCCGCCCCUCCGUCACCACGCCCUUAAAAGACAAGCUGCGAGCACACGCGCCGCCGCGAGCACGCAAGCACACGCGCCUUUAUUGUCCACGCACGCUACCAACUGGGAACACCUUAACAAAAAUCAAAUGAAGACAAAGGCGUAGUACUUCAGUGAUUAAUUAAAAGGCACGAGUAGCGGUUUGAUUUUUUUUUUUUUUUUUUUAAAUGUUUUUUUUUUUCCCGACGUUACAAAAGAACUUGUGAUUAACCCCAAAACCAAACUAAGUGCAGGAGGAGCUGCAGCGAAAACCCGCCGAUGACAGCCUGAAACCUAAUGAGGAAUUUACGAGCGAAGUGCUCCGGGCGCGUGCGAUAAGCUGGUCUCCACUAACUUACUAUCCACGGGCAUUUUUUCUUUUUUGUUUAACUACAACUGCUUUUACGUCGCUGUUCUCUAACGUUGGCUCCCGUGCACACAGCCGCGUUGGAUCCCUCAAGCUACUGCGAGACUCCGGUGUACAACCCGGAUCUCUGCCCCAACAUGGUCGCGGCUCAGGCCAAGCUGGUGUACCACCUCAACAAAUACUACAACGAGAAAUGCCAGUCGAGGAAGGCGGCCAUCUCCAAGACGAUCCGCGAGGUGUGCAAGGUGGUGUCCGACGUGCUCAAGGAGGUGGAGGUGCAGGAGCCGCGCUUCAUCAGCUCCCUCAACGAGAUGGAGAACCGCUUCGAGGGUCUCGAGGUCAUCUCGCCCACCGAGUUCGAGGUGGUGCUCUACCUCAACCAGAUGGGGGUCUUCAACUUCGUGGACGACGGCUCCCUGCCCGGCUGCGCCGUGCUCAAGCUCAGCGACGGCCGCAAGAGGAGCAUGUCCCUCUGGGUGGAGUUCAUCACGGCCUCCGGCUACCUGUCGGCGCGCAAGAUCCGCUCCCGCUUCCAGACGCUGGUGGCGCAGGCGGUGGAUAAGUGCAGCUACCGGGACGUGGUGAAGAUGGUGGCGGACACGAGCGAGGUGAAGCUGCGCAUCAGGGACCGCUACGUGGUGCAGAUCACGCCCGCCUUCAAGUGCACGGGCAUCUGGCCGCGCAGCGCGGCGCACUGGCCCCUGCCGCACAUCCCGUGGCCGGGGCCCAACCGCGUGGCCGAGGUCAAGGCCGAGGGCUUCAACCUGCUCUCCAAGGAGUGCUACUCGCUCAACGGCAAGCAGAGCUCGGCCGAGAGCGACGCCUGGGUGCUGCAGUUCGCCGAGGCCGAGAACCGGCUCAUCCUGGGCGGCUGCAGGAAGAAGUGCCUGUCGGUGCUGAAGGCGCUGCGCGACCGGCACCUGGAGCUGCCCGGACAGCCGCUCAACAACUACCACAUGAAGACGCUCGUGUCGUACGAGUGCGAGAAGCACCCGCGCGAGUCGGACUGGGACGAGAACUGCCUGGGCGACCGGCUCAACGGCAUCCUGCUGCAGCUCAUCUCGUGCCUGCAGUGCCGCCGGUGCCCGCACUACUUCCUGCCCAACCUGGACCUGUUCCAGGGCAAGCCGAGCUCGGCCCUGGAGAACGCGGCCAAGCAGACGUGGCGACUGGCGCGGGAGAUCCUCACCAACCCCAAGAGCCUGGAGAAGCUCUGAAAGACAGCUGUCCGUAAAGAGGGAGGAGGAGGAGGAGGA